CAAAAAACAUCAAAUAUUGUUUGUUGAAAUAUAAGUACUGACGAAAAUGGAGGUACACGUUUGGUGGUGUAUGUGUUUUUUACUUCAUUGCAAACUACAACCAUCAUCUUUCACAGGAACAAUUUUGUUUUCAACCUACAAUGCAAUUAUGGAGUUUGAUAUUGAUACAGGCAAUGUAACAGUACUUGUGGAGCAGAGUGACACUGUGUACGCCAUGGACUAUGAUUACAAAAACAGAUUCAUCUAUUUUCCGAGACACAUUACCCAUGACAUCGUUCGAUUUGCUUAUCCCUCAAAUACUACAACACUACAGACAGUUGUCCAGUCAUUGUCAUAUCCAACAGGAAUAGCUGUUGAUUCAGCUAAUGAUCAUCUCUACUGGAUUGAUUCUUUUAUAAACCACCUCUCAAGAUGCAAUCUAGACGGAAGCAAUGUAACUGUUCUAUCAACUUUUAUCGAGCCUUGGACACUGAAGAGAACAGACUGUACUGGAUUAAAUAUGUUGGUGACAUGGAAUCCUGUAAAGACGAUGGCUCUGAUGUUAAAAUAA